AUGUCUCGAGAACGAGCUUCUCGGCGAUUUUACAGAAUGGAUAGUUCGCACGAUCUAUCUGUUUAUAUGGAUCGAGGGCAUAAUGCUGAGCAAGAAAAUCGGUGGAGUUUUGAAGUAGCUUGGGAAGUUGCUAAUAAAGUUGGCGGUAUUUAUACUGUAAUUAGAUCAAAAGCUUAUGUGUCAACUGAAGAAUUGGGGGAUCAGUAUUGUAUGAUGGGACCUUACAAGGAACAAUCUGCUAGGACUGAAGUGGAACAAGCUGAAUUUCCCCAUCAUAGUCCCUUGAAAAAAGCUGUCGAAGUAUUGAGAGAUCAAGGAUUUAAAGUAGUGACUGGUACUUGGCUUGUUGAUGGGAACCCUCAAGUAAUUUUAUUUGACAUCGGAAGUGCAGCAUGGAAACUAGAUGAAUACAAGUCAGAAUUAUGGAAUACUUGCAAUCUAGGUAUUCCACAUUUAGAUAUUGAAGCUAAUGAUGCUGUUAUACUGGGAUAUCUUGUAUGUCAAUUUAUAACUGAAUUCAGAAAAGCUGCUGAAGAGAGUUCCAGUGUACAGCCAAGAGUUUUGAUCCAUUGCCAUGAGUGGCAAGCCGGUCUUGGAUUAGUUGCCUUGAGAACAAGACAUGUUGAUGUUGCGACUAUUUUCACUACUCAUGCAACGCUCUUAGGCAGAUACCUUUGUGCUGGGAAAACUGAUUUUUACAAUAACUUGGAUAAGUUUAAUGUUGAUGAAGAAGCUGGAAAACGUCAAAUCUAUCAUCGAUAUUGUAUGGAACGAGCAGCGGCUCACCUUUGUCAUAUAUUUACAACUGUUUCGGAUAUUACUGGCAUUGAAGCUGAACAUUUACUCAAACGUAAACCAGAUAUUAUCACACCAAAUGGUUUGAAUGUUAAAAAAUUUUCAGCUCUUCAUGAGUUUCAAAAUUUACAUGCUGUUAGCAAAGAGAAAAUUCACGAAUUUGUCCGAGGUCAUUUCUAUGGUCAUUUUGACUUUGAUCUGGAUAAAACUUUAUAUUUUUUCACUGCUGGACGUUACGAAUUCGGGAAUAAAGGAGCUGAUAUUUUUAUAGAAGCUUUAGCCAGACUAAAUCAUUAUUUGAAAACCUCAAAACCAGAUAUUACUGUGGUUGCAUUUUUAAUUUUUCCCGCACGUACAAAUAAUUUUAACGUUGAAUCUCUACGCGGCCAUGCGGUGACUAAAUCAUUAAGAGACACUAUCCAUGUCAUUCAACAAAAUGUUGGCAAACGUAUGUAUGAAUCUUGUCUUUCCGGAAGAUUACCUGAUGCAAUGGAUAUGCUAUUGAAAGAUGAAAUUAUAAAAAUUAAAUGUUGCCUAUAUGCUUUACAACGAAGUGGUCUACCCCCAGUUACGACUCAUAAUGUUGUUGAUGAUUGGAAUGAUCCAAUUUUAAAUACAAUAAGAAGGUGUAAUUUAUUCAAUACGGUCCAUGAUCGAGUUAAAAUUGUAUUUCAUCCAGAGUUUUUAUCUUCUACGAAUCCACUUUUUGGACUUGAUUAUGAAGAAUUUGUUCGAGGAUGUCAUUUAGGAGUUUUUCCAUCAUAUUACGAACCAUGGGGGUAUACUCCAGCUGAAUGUACAGUUAUGGGAAUUCCAAGUAUAACAACAAAUUUAUCUGGAUUUGGUUGUUUUAUGCAAGAACAUAUCGCUGAUCCCAUGAGUUAUGGAAUUUAUAUUGUCGAUCGUCAUUUUAUUGAUGUUGAAUCUAGCGUUCAACAAUUAGCCAAUUACAUGUUUGAUUUUGCUCGACUUAGUCGACGGCAGCGAAUUAUUCAGAGAAAUCGUACCGAACGUUUAAGUGACAUGCUUGAUUGGCGAAAUCUUGGCAUUUAUUAUCGGCAAGCAAGAAUGAAAGCAUUAGUAAAAGUUUAUCCAGAAUUUACAUCAGAACUGGAUGAUACUAGUGUUGGUCGAUUUAACUAUCCAAGACCGUUUAGCGAGCCUCCAUCACCAUCUUCAUCUCGCAUUACUACACCUGCAGCUUCAGUCCAUGGUUCUGACGAAGAGGAUGAAGUCGAUGAUGAAAAAGAGCUUGAAGAAUUAAGACAAGCAAAUGGCAGAUAA